GUUUUGCGUUUCAAUAAAGUUGCGGCGCUUUGAAGCGUCAUGGCGUCCUACACGGCUCCUGCGGCCGUCAGCUCCUCUCUAAUGUUUUUGUUCACCAAACGAGCUCAGACUGUAAACAACAUCUGCCUUCUGUCCCGGAGGUGCACCGCAGGUUCUUGCUGUCGGAGGCUCUUCAGCUCCUCCGUGUCAUCCCGCUCCUCCUCGGACUCUCCUGGCUCCCGGGACAUACUGGGUCACUUUGAGCGGCUUGUGCGACGUGGCUCCCUGGCGACAGACGCUCAGCAGAGAUAUGUUCUCCAGCGGCUGGCUCUGUUGCAGAAAAGCCUAAAUACCUACACUAACAGCACGUACCUGAACCCACCACCACACUCCAAAGAUCACAGCGGGCAGCCUCAGAAAAAUGAUGCCCCCGCAGCUGAAACGGAACCCCUUCUAAAAGGAUCACAACCACCACCUAAAGGUCUCUAUAUAUAUGGAAAUGUUGGCACAGGGAAGACUAUGCUCAUGGAUUUGUUUUACUCCCACGUGGAAAACGGUCGCAAAAAGAGGGUCCACUUCAACAGCUUCAUGUUGGACAUCCAUAAAAGGAUCCACCGCAGGAAACAAAGCCUGCCGAAGCGAAGCCUAGGGAAAAUGUUCACCUAUGACCCCAUAUCCCCGGUUGCCAUGGAGAUCAGCAGUGAGAUCUGCCUGUUGUGUUUUGAUGAGUUUCAGGUGACCGAUGUUGCCGAUGCCAUGAUCCUGACGCAGCUGUUUGAGACGCUGUUCAAAACCGGAGUGGUGGUGGUGGCCACCUCUAACAGACCCCCUGAUGAUCUGUACAAAAACGGACUUCAGAGGGACACCUUCCUACCUUUCAUCGACGUGCUAAAGGAAUACUGCCACACUGUCUGCUUGGACUCUGGGAUCGACUACAGGAGGCUGGACAGGCCUGCAGCCGGAAAACUCUACUACCUCACAGGGGAGCCUGGAGCAGAGGCUUACCUGGAUACACUGUUUGAGGAGCUGGCAUUAAGACAGAAGAGUGUUACAGGUCCUCGUGUGCUUCGUGUGAUGGGCAGAGAUGUGACUCUACAGAAGGCCUGUGGCUCCAUUGCUGAUUGCACCUUUGAUGAACUGUGUGGUAAACCAAUGGGUGCCAGCGAUUACCUGGAGAUGGCGCGGAUCUUUGACACCGUAUUCAUCCGCCGUGUUCCCACACUCACGCUGACUCUGAAGGACCAGGCCAGGCGCUUCACCACCCUCAUAGACAACUUCUACGACCAGAAGGUGCGCGUGGUGCUUCUAGCGGCGGCUCCGUUAGAGCAGCUCUUUGUCCAAACUGGAGGAGAAGAUGAGAGAGAUCGACAGCUGCUGGACGACCUGGGCCUCAGUGACGAGGCAGCAGAGAGGCUAACUCUGUUCACAGCUGAGGAGGAGAUCUUUGCCUUCCGGAGGACUGUCUCUCGGCUGAGGGAGAUGCAAACUGAGACUUACUGGGUGGAAGGAGAUCGCAGCUACAGCGGUAGACGCUUGAAAAGCUGACCUCUGUAGCCGAUAGCUUUGAUAAGAAAAACUACCUCCAGACAGCACGAUGCCUCGCUAACCAGCCCCACUCCGUAAGGGAAAGAAGAUUUCAUAAUUCAGGCAACCGAUUAAAAAUGUUUCAGAUCAGUGGGCUCUGAGGUCAGUCCUCAAGGGCCGAUGUCCCGCGUGUUUUGGACGUUUGUCCUGUUCAGCACCCCUGACUCAAAUGAAGGGGCAAUUAGCUGGUCGUGCAAGAGUUGAUGUCAUGCUGAGGAGGUAAUUCGGCAAUUAAAAUCAGCUAUGUUGAAGCAGGGACACAUCUACGACAUGCAGGACACUGGCCCUGUUUUAGACCAGGCAGCACGUCGCUCCAGGACAGUGUCACAAACCAAAACUGUUUCCCGUUUCGUCUGACGUCUCUUCUUGUUUGAUACGAGUUGAUUGUGUCCUGCAAGGACUGCUCUCUCCCCCUCGUGGACCGGUGAUUUAAAAGAUUGACAGCUUUCCAGGGAGCGGACGCCUCAACCAGGAGGAGACCAAGCAUCCUCCCUCUGCAGGUGGUUAGUGCCCUCUAGUGGCUGAAUGUUAUAAAAACAUUUUUGAACAACUUUUUUUUUUAUCAUCUGAUUAAAUCUGAUUGUGCUUACAUUUUUUACCUCAUGUAUUGUGGUGUUUAAAUAGAGUAUCCUGCAGAAGUAUUGAUAUAUUUUUAAGAGUUUUUACAUUUUGUCACAUUAAAACCACAAACUUCAUGAUAUUUUAUUGGGAUUUUAUGUGAUGGACAAACAUAAAUUUGUGCAUAUUUGUGGUGUGAAAGGGUUUAACGUUUUUUUUCAUAAACAAAAAUCUGAGAUAUUUCACAAGCAUUUGUGUUCAAGUUAAUGCUUUGUAGAAUCGCUAUUUCCUGCAGCAACAACCGCACGUUUUCGUCACCUGCUCGGCUUUCUUGUCCCAGCAUAGGUGAAAAUGUAUUUCCACAGCAUGAUGCUACCAGCACCAUGUUUCACUGAUGGUGUAUUCAGGUUGAUGUAAGGUAUUACUUGAUUUAUGUAUCAAAAAAGCUUGCCGCAGGAGCUUCUUUGUGGGUUUAGGAGAUAUCAGUGCAAGGAUGACAUCAAAUCUUCUAAAAUUAAAUGAAGGUAAAGCAGAGGUUUUACGUUUUGGACUUUCCAACAUCCAAGACUUCGGCUUUAAGCAGGUUUUACAAGAUCCUUUGUCAGAAACCUGGGAUUUUUUCUGUAUAACAGUUUAAACGUUAAAAAAAAUGGAUAAAAGCUCUCCUUUAAAACAGCACCGUGUAACUUUUAGCCAUUAGGGACACUAGACCUGUAACUUUCAGGCUCAGCGACCCUGAAGGCCACUGGCAAUACUGCAUUGUUGCAAAAUUAAACAGUCUCUUUCCAUGUUUUGGAAUCUGAUGGCAGACCAGUUUGGACUAGCAGAUUGAGAAGUCAUUGAGUCACUUGUACAGGCAAGGCCACAUUGAACCAUAGAUUAAAUCCUACAUCAGAGAACCAAAAAUAUGUCUGAUCAGCUAAGUGUCAUGUCAGUUUUGUUGUUACACCUAGAAUGGGUCCCAUUCAGCAACAGAUCCACACCUCUCAAGUUAUGUAGGCGAGUUUUUGAAAGGGCCAUCUUACAUGGAGCGUCCAUAAGAGCUAUGUUCUGUAUAUUGACCUGAAAAAUAGUUUAGUAUAUCUCAAAUUAAGCUAAACCUUGGUACAAAACUUACACAGUGCUAAUUAAAGCUGUUUUUUUUUUUCAAUUGAGAAUAUUUGAAGCCUUUUUUUUCUUUUGGCAACCUUAAAAAGUUGUGAUGGGAGCAUCACAGGUUGGCUGACUGCAUUGUUAUCUGUCAUAAACAAGCAAGACCACCCUCCUUUACUCUGACUGCCUUAAUGUUUGUGAGUAGAUUUUAAGAUUUUAUGGUUCGUCUUCAAAUCUUUUAAAGGCCUGGCAACCUGUUACCUCGGUGAUCUUUUAACUCUACAUACACCAACUAGAUCAGUGAACAGUUGCUUCUUGUUGUUCCCAGAUCCAGACUGAAACAUAGCUGCUCCCAUUAGCUCUUCCCAAACUGGAAAUAAACGGUCCCUGCUCAUUGGAACCUUUUAUUCAUUGGACAUUUUAAAAGUUGUUUAAAAACAUUUUCAUUUUCUUUAUUGUCUUAUAUUGUAUUAGUCCUACAGUGCUUUUGUCUAUGGCUGUUAUUGUUUUUAAAUAUGAUUUAGAAAUAAACUUGUUAGUACCUGAAUACACAUGCAGGCCACACAUUAGAGAUUUCUAUUUGAAAAGAUGCUACUAAAAAAUUAACCCUGUAUAUCAUUUACCUAUUGCAACUGUCAGUUAUGCUGUAAUCUUGUUUUUCCAUCACAUAAACCCCAGUAUAAAUUAUUGGAGUUGGUGGUUUUAACAUAAAAUCUGAGAAGGUUCAAAGGGGGUGUGCAAAGAACUGUUAUUUAGGUAAAUAUAAAAUGAUUUUGAUUUCACUUUACCAGAAUGAAUGCAACUAAAGUUAAUAUUUCCGUACCUACAGUGUACAUUGCCACAAUCUGAGGUGUUUGUUUUACUUGAAUUAUUCAAUAAAAUGCUAAACACUGA